AUGUCCAGGCAGUCCGCCGUCACUUUUCAGACCAGCAGCUGCAGGGGCUUCAGCACCGGCUUAGCCUCCGGGCGUCCCCGCUUCAGCUCAGCCUCCGUGGCCCGCAGCACAGGGGGGAGCGGAGGGCUGGGAAGAAUCAGUGGUCCAGGGGCCGGCUUUGGAAGCCGCAGCCUCUACAACCUAGGGGGGACCAAGCGGGUCUCGAUUGGUGGGAGUAGCAACAACUUCCGGGGUGGCUUUGGUGGCAGGGCAAGCAGUGGGUUUGGGGUCAGCAGUGGCUUUGGCUAUGGAGGUGGAGUGGGAGGGGGCUAUGGGGCUCCUGGCUUCCCCGUCUGCCCCCCUGGAGGCAUCCAAGAAGUCACCGUCAACCACAGUCUCCUGACUCCCCUCAACCUACAAAUCGACCCCACCAUCCAGCGAGUGCGGAAAGAGGAGCGGGAGCAGAUCAAGACCCUCAACAACAAGUUCGCCUCCUUCAUCGACAAGGUGCGCUUCCUGGAGCAGCAGAACAAGGUCCUGGAGACCAAGUGGAGCCUGCUGCAGGAGCAGGGCACCAAGACCGUGAGGCAGAACCUGGAGCCCUUCUUCGACGCCUACCUCAGUGACCUCCGCCGGCAGCUGGACAGCGUCACCACCGAGAGAGGCAGGCUGGACGCCGAGCUCAGGAACAUGCAGGACGUAGUAGAAGAUUUCAAAGUCAGGUAUGAGGACGAAAUUAACAAGCGCACUGCUUCUGAGAAUGAGUUUGUGGCCCUGAAGAAGGAUGUGGACGCCGCCUACAUGAACAGGGUGGAGCUGGAGGCCAAGGUCAGCUGUCUGACCGACGAGAUCAACUUCUUGCGGAUGCUCUAUGAGGAAGAGCUGUCCCAGAUGCAGACCCAGGUCAGCGACACGUCCGUGGUGCUGUCCAUGGACAACAACCGCAGCCUGGACCUGGACAGCAUCAUCGCUGAGGUCAAAGCCCAGUAUGAAGACAUCGCCAACCGCAGCCGGGCUGAGGCUGAGUCCUGGUACCAGACCAAGUAUGAGGAGCUGCAGGUCACAGCGGGCAGGCAUGGCGAUGAUCUUCGAAACACCAAACAAGAGAUCUCUGAGAUGAACCGGAUAAUCCAGAGGCUGAGAGCCGAGAUUGACAACAUGAAGAAGCAGUGUUCCAGCCUGCAGACGGCCAUUGCUGAUGCGGAACAGCGCGGAGAACUGGCCCUCAAGGACGCACGAGCCAAGCUGGUGGACCUGGAGGAGGCCCUGCAGAAGGCCAAGCAGGACAUGGCCCGGCUGCUUCGGGAGUAUCAGGAGCUGAUGAACGUCAAGCUGGCCCUGGACGUGGAGAUCGCCACCUACCGCAAGCUGCUGGAGGGCGAGGAGUGCAGGCUGAGUGGAGAGGGUGUUUCUCCGGUUAACAUCUCUGUGGUCACCUCCACUGUUUCCAGUGGCUACGGCGGUGGCAGCGGCACUGGAGGUGGAAGUGGCUACUCCUUCACCACCAGCGGUGGGCACAGCUUGGGUGCAGGCCUGGGGGGCCCCGGCUUCAGUGCCAGUAGCAGCCGGGGCCUCGGGGGCAAUGGCUCCAGUGUCAAGUUCGUCUCCACCACGUCCUCCAGCCGGAAGAGCUACAAACACUAA